AGCUGACCAAAUAUAUCUCUACCUAUAUUUCUUUGGAAUCACAAGGCCUCAAUAAGUGGAUUUUAGGGGUAUCGAGAUAACUACUAAGGAUGAGUAACCGCACCCGCGAGAAGGAUGAUGGACCGGUGGUAAUUUUGGACUGUGAAUGGAUGGCCAACCUAAAGGAGAAGGUAGAAAAGACGCCGAGGAAGGAUGUGCGCACCGAGAGAGCUACCAUUUUUCAAGUCCCUAAUAACAUUCGCGCCGGUGACACCAAUCAUGAGGCUUGCAGUCUUGGUGAGGCCUACAAUCCCAAGAUCGUCUCCCUUGGUCCUUACCACCGCCUAGACGAGCAAUUGCAAGUGUGGAACACUAGGCUCAAAUGGCCGUGCCUUAAGAGGCUCCUGGAGCGAAGCCCUGACAAUAAUCAAGCCAUAGAGAAAUGCAUUGACAGAAUCAAGGAACGCGAGAGAGAAGUACGAAGUGCGUAUGCAGAGGAAUUCGUGAAGAUGACCAGCAAUGAGUUUGUGGAGAUGCUGCUACUCGACUCUUGCUUCGUGCUCGAGCUACUGCUGGAGCUAGAAGAGAAGAAAAGGAGAAAACAGGAAAAAGUUGCCCAAGAGAAGAAGAUGUCGACAAUAAACAAAUUACUACAACCAUUCAAGACAAGAAGCAAGGUACAGAAGCAACAAGAGCAGCCAAAACCAUCGGCGGCACUGAUGAUGGGGAGCUCAUCGGCUCGAGACGCAGCACCCAUGAUGCAGCCGAGCACGGAAGAAAAGCAAACCGAGGAGGAAGGAACACUGAUUCAACAAUGGCAAUGGGCAGAACCUCUGAUCUACCAUGACCUGUUGAUGCUCGAAAACCAGAUCCCACUCAGCCUCCUCCGGGAGCUCCACGGCAUCAUUCUCAGCCACGAUAAAUCUCCUUCCAUGGACGAACUCAUCCUCUCCUUCUUCAAGGAAUUCUCCCUCACCAAACACAUCACGAAGAUCCCGGAGGGCAGUUGCCACCACCUCCUCCACCUCUUCCACUCCAGCUUGAUCCCUAAAAAACAGCCCACCACGCGGGGCAUCCGCGCCCAGUUGGUGGCGGAGGUGACAUCAGCCAUCCCCUGCGCACGGGAUCUCAUCGAGUCACGGGUGAAAGUAAAGAAGAAGCAGGGCGUCGCGUGCUCGAGCUUCCUCGACCUCAGCUUCGACAGCGGGCGCUUGGAGAUCCCGGAGAUCCACGUCGACGACGGCACCAACACUCUGCUCCGGAACCUGAUCGCCUUCGAGCAGUGCUUACCGAGAAUCGGCGACUAUCUGACGACCUACGCCUGGUUCAUGGACUCGGUGAUCGACAACAGCGCCGACGUGGCGCUGCUGCGGCGGAAGCAUGUGCUGGAGAGCGGGCUGGGGAGUGACGAGGAAGUGGCGAAGCUGUUCAACAGCCUGUGCAAGGAAGUGAUGGUCGACCCCAACCAGUGCUACCUGGAAGAGACCAUCAAGGAGGUGAACAAGUACCACCGCAGCAGGCGCAACCGCUGCUACGCCACCCUCAACCACAACUACUUCAGCAAUCCCUGGGCGAGCAUCUCCGUCAUCGCCGCCAUCAUCCUCUUCGUCCUCACCUUCAUCCAAACCCUCUACAGCAUGUGCGACUCUUGCUAUAAAGCUUAGAUCGACAUCCUACAUCGCCUUUUUGUUUGUCUGGGGCAAUGCCCUUUUUGGGGUUGGUUUGUUAUCUGUAUCGCGAUUUGUGUCUGAAAGUCCUUUCCGGCCAAGGAAAUUUGGGCUUGGAGUUGGUUUGUGAUCCAUAUUGAUAAUAAAGUCUGGCUUCACGGUGCUAUUCAAUUCA